UCCACCGCCCACGUGUCCUUUCCAUUUCCAACACGUAAACCCAACCCUUUAUAAAUCUUCCCUUCACUUCGCCCGCCCAAGUUUGGUGGUCUCAUUCAUAAGUUCAGUUAUGUAACUGCAGCCGUCAAAAGUUUUCACUUUCCAAAAUACCCUCGUCGUUGCUUCAUAUUUCCAACCUCUACCUUUCUGCUAAAUUGAAUUAGAAAAGAAAAACCAAAUCACACAUAGCGAAUCUCAAGCAUUUUUUUCCUUUGGGGUGUGAGCGGAAAAAAUGGUAGAGCCUGUGGCGCGUGAAAGCGACGAAGAGAUGUCACUGCUGCCACAUCAGAGCAAUGGUGACGGGUCAUGGCGUUUGAACUUCGACGGUUUCAAGUUAUCUCCUGAACACAAGGACAAAAAGCCUCCUCGUAGCCUCCAUGAUUGCCUUGGGGUUUUAGGUCCAGAAGAUAACGUGGCUGAAUACUAUCAGCAGCAGGUAGAAAUGCUUGAGGGUUUUAAUGAAAUGGAUGCCUUAGCUGAGCGUGGUUUUAUUCCUGGAAUGUCAAAGGAAGAGCGGGAAAAGUUGGCUAGAAGCGAGACAUUAGCCAUUAGAAUUUCCAAUAUUGCAAACAUGGUUCUUUUUGCUGCUAAAGUUUAUGCUUCAGUCAGAAGUGGUUCCUUAGCUAUAAUUGCAUCCACAUUAGACUCUCUUCUUGAUCUUCUGUCUGGUUUCAUCCUCUGGUUUACUGCAUUCUCCAUGUCAACACCAAACCCAUAUCAGUACCCAAUUGGGAAGAAAAGAAUGCAGCCACUUGGUAUCCUUGUUUUUGCUUCUGUCAUGGCAACUCUUGGACUGCAGAUAAUCUUGGAGUCAUUGCGAACAAUGGUAUCAGAUGAGGACGAAUUCAACCUGACAAAAGAGCAAGAGAGAUGGGUUGUUGGCAUUAUGCUUGGAGUUACCCUGGUAAAGCUUCUCCUGGUGUUUUAUUGCCGCUCAUUUUCCAAUGAAAUUGUCAAAGCUUAUGCACAGGAUCACUUCUUUGAUGUUAUCACAAACAUCAUUGGCCUUGUUGCUGUGCUACUUGCUAAUUACAUUGACGAUUGGAUAGACCCUGUUGGAGCUAUCGUUCUGGCUUUAUACACCAUCCGCACAUGGUCAAUGACAGUAUUAGAGAAAGUGAACUCACUGGUUGGAAGAUCAGCUGCCCCAGAAUAUCUUCAGAAACUAACCUAUCUCUGUUGGAACCACCACAAGGCCAUAAGACGUAUCGAUACAGUUAGAGCUUACACCUUCGGGUCUCACUAUUUUGUGGAGGUUGACAUUGUACUCCCAGUAAACAUGCCAUUGCAAGAAGCUCAUGAUAUCGGAGAAUCUUUGCAAGAAAAGCUCGAGCUACUGCCUGAGAUUGAGCGUGCCUUUGUUCAUCUGGAUUAUGAAUACAGUCACAAACCUGAACAUGCACAACCACAUGCUUUGUAGGCAAAACCUAGGAAGUACGACGAUCUAUCUAUGAUAUUUUAUUUUGUAGCUUUUUUUUUUUUUUUUUUUGUUUCUACCAACAAAGUCUACUACUUUCGUGUGCUUGGGAAAUUGAGCCUUUUGGUAAAUGUUAGU